GUAGAGAGGGAGGAGAGGACACGAUCAACAGGAAACAAAAAAUGGAACGACUGUUUUCCGAGUGGCGGCGGAAUGUUUUAGCAGACGGACCACGGACAACUAGCUAGUUAGCGGCCGUUGGAAACAAAACCGGACUGAGGUUCCCAUGUUUCCCAGUUAACGUUAAACCUUGGCCGUAUUUAGUUACCUACAUAGCUAGUUUUGACUGUUGAUUAAUUUGAUCCAGACGUUGAGAAGAUGGGAGUACCAAAAUUUUACCGAUGGAUUUCAGAGCGCUAUCCUUGUCUCAGUGAAGUUGUCAAGGAACAUCAGAUUCCAGAAUUUGACAAUCUCUAUCUGGACAUGAAUGGGAUUAUCCAUCAGUGUUCCCACCCGAACGACGAAGAUGUCCACUUUCGCAUAUCUGAAGAAAAGAUUUUUGCUGACAUCUUCCAUUACCUGGAGGUGCUCUUCAGGAUCAUCAAGCCUCGCAAGGUCUUCUUCAUGGCGGUAGAUGGCGUGGCACCAAGGGCAAAGAUGAACCAGCAGAGAGGACGAAGAUUCAGGUCUGCCAAAGAAGCAGAGGACAAGAUAAAAAAAGCUCUGGAUAAAGGAGAGGUCCUUCCCACAGAGGCUCGCUUCGACUCCAACUGUAUCACUCCUGGCACUGACUUCAUGGCAAGACUCCAGGAGCAGCUCAAGUAUUUUGUCCACAACAAGCUCUCCACCGACAAGCUAUGGCAGAAUGUCAAAGUCUACCUUUCUGGUCAUGAGACUCCAGGGGAGGGAGAACAUAAGAUCAUGGAGUUUAUUCGCUCUGAGAAUGCCAAGCCGGGUCACGACCCCAACACCCGACACUGCCUGUAUGGCCUGGAUGCUGACCUGAUAAUGUUGGGUUUAACCAGCCAUGAGCCAAACUUCUCCCUGCUCAGAGAGGAGGUCCGCUUUGGAGGAAAGAAAUCCCAGAAAAGGAUAACAGCUCCAGAGGAGACAACUUUUCACUUGCUUCACUUGUCUCUGAUGAGAGAGUACAUUGACUAUGAGUUCUCUGAUCUCAGGAAUCAGAUUGGUUGUGAUUAUGACUUGGAGCGAAUAAUAGACGACUGGAUUCUAAUGGGCUUCCUUGUGGGAAAUGAUUUCAUCCCUCACCUCCCUCAUCUUCACAUCAGUCAUGAUGCUUUGCCAUUGCUGUACAAGACCUAUAUCAGUGUUCUGCCCAGCCUGGGGGGUUAUUUGAAUGAGAACGGCCAUCUAAACCUGAGAAACUUUGAGAAGUACAUGGAGAAGCUUGCUGAGUUUGACCGGGAACAUUUUAGUGAGGUGUUUGUGGACCUGAAAUGGUUUGAGAGUAAAGUUGGUAACAAGUAUCUGAAUGAGGCGGCUGGAUUGGCCGCAGAAAAGGAGGCUGCCAGCAAAGACACCAACAAGAAUGAGGAUUCUGCCCUCUGUCUGGCAGCUCUGACCUCAUCAGAAGGAGUGAUUGGAGAAGGAAAAGGAGCAGUAGGAGACGAUGAGGAAGAGGAGGACGAUAUGUUUGAAACUGAGUUCAGACAAUACAAGCGCACCUACUAUAUGACCAAGAUUGGCGUAGAUGUGGUGUCUGAUGAGUUUCUAGCCAAGCAGGCCAAGUGUUAUGUGGAAGGUAUCCAGUGGAUUCUCCACUACUAUUACCACGGGGUUCAAUCCUGGAGCUGGUACUACCCCUACCACUACGCUCCUUUCCUGUCUGACAUCAGGAAUAUAUCAGGGUUAAAGUUGACCUUUGACCUAGGGAAACCCUUCCUGCCCUUCCAGCAGCUGUUGGCAGUCCUGCCUGCUGCCAGCAUGGAACUGCUGCCUGAGUCUUAUAGGCACCUGAUGACCAGUGAAAAUUCACCCAUUAUUGAGUACUACCCUCUUGACUUUAAAACGGACCUCAAUGGCAAGCAGCAGGAAUGGGAAGCUGUGGUUCUCAUUCCCUUCAUAGAUGAGAGGUGCUUACUAGCAGCAAUGGAGCCCUGUAAUCAAAAACUGACUAAAGAAGAGAAGGCCAGGAAUUGUCACACCGAGUGUGCAGUCUAUUCAUAUGACCACGAAAUAGACUGCACAUACAACUCCACCCUGCCUCACCUGUUCCCUGACAUCAUCCACUGCCAUGUCAGGAAAGCACACAUCCCUAUGGAUGCCUGGCAAGUACCGUUGGACCAUGUCAGCAGACCCGUUGACCGCUCAGCUCUGUACUUCUGUGGCUUCCCAACACUGCAACACAUCAGACACAAGUUUUUUAAGAAGAAGAGUGGGGUGGUCGUGUUCCAGCAGAGCAGCAGAGGGGAGAACAUGAUUCUGGACAUCCUCCCCGGCCAGGGAGGAGAGGCGGUAUGUGAUGAUGUUGCUGCACAAGUACUGGGGAAGUCGGUAUUCGUCAACUGGCCGCAUCUAGAGGAAGCUCGCAUCAUUGCAGUGUCAGAUGGAGACGUCAAGUUUUGUCUAGAGGAACCACCUGGUGUCCAAAGAGUGUAUGACAGGCCCUCCUCUCCUCCUCCCACCAAAAUCACCUGCCUGUCUGACAAGGAGCAGAAGGAUUGGGUGAAAGAUGUCCAGGGAAUCACUGAACAUUUCUUGAAGAGGAAAGGCAUCGUGGUGAAUGAGACAGCGGUGGUUUUGUACGGCCAGUUGCUGACAGGAAGGAAAUACGUCCCGAAAGCCAACGGGGUGGUGGAACUAGAGAAACAGUGGGCCAAGCAGGUCCUCCCUUUCGCCUUCCAGACCGUGGUUAAGGACAUCAAGGCCUUUUACUCGUCUCUGACCAGCUUUAAGAGCUUAGAUGAGCUCUUUCCUCCAGCAGCCUCUGUCUUCAUGGUGGGGAACCCUUACUAUGGUGCCAUGGGUGAGGUGCAAGAUUCUAGUGAUGUCAUUAAAGACGGUCGGGUACGAGUGGUCUUCAACGUGCCGCAUGAACCACAGCUGGAGACCUUAAUCCAGAAUCAGCAUAAGUACUGUGUGAAGUACAGUCCCGGAUACGUUCUGGCAUCUCGCCUCGGCGUCACCAGCUACCUUGUCUCUCGCUUCUCAGGAAGCAUCUUCAUUGGCAGAGGCUCUAAGAAGAAUCCCUGUGGGGAGCAAAGAGCUAACGUUGGCCUUAACCUGAAGUUCAACAAGAAGAAUGAGGAAGUUCCUGGAUACACAAAGAGAACUGAAAAGGAGUGGCUCUACUCUGCUGCUGUGGAGGAAUUGCUAGCUGAAUACCUGGACAGAUUUUCUGAGGUAUUCAACACAGUAUCCAGAAACAGUCAUGAUGAUGUUUUCUAUGAAGAUGACAUCUGGCCUGGAUUGGACCAGAAUGGGGCAGAGAAGGUUGCAGAAAUCACUUCGUGGUUGAAAAGUCAGCCAGUAAGCUCCGUCAGCAGGGCAUCAUGUGACCUACAGGUGCUGGACUCUGCCAUCGUAGAGAGGAUCGAGGAGGCAGUGGAGAAAACCAAGGUGAAAAAGAGCACCAAGAAAGUCCGUGUGACAGUCAAGCCUCAUCUCCUCUUCAGGCCCUUGGAGCAGCAGCAGGGAGUGGUUCCAGACCUGGAUGCAGAGUAUCGCCUGUUUGACAGAGUAGUCAACAUCAGAGAAAGCUUCACCGUCCCACUGGGACUCAGAGGAACAAUCAUCGGCAUUAAAGGAGCGGAGCGUGAGGCAGAGGUUCUCUACGAAGUGCUUUUUGAUGAAGAAUUUGCUGGAGGUCUCAACAUCAGGUGUACGUCACCUCGGGGUUACCGCCUCCCUCCCUGCGCGCUCAUUAAUCUCUCCCAUGGAGCCCGAGUGGAUCACACCGCUCACAAACUCACCGCCAUCGUCAAACCUCAGCCCGCCGCAGCCGCAAACUUCAACUCUCAGCGCCAGCUGGCUGGCCUGAACCACUCUCCACGUUCACCGUUCAUACCCACGCAGCAUAACAACAAACACGGUGUGGUGAAGGCAGCCUCCCAGGGCAACAGGAACUCUCCCUCUAAAGGUCUUAUCCAGAAACAACAGUCCAAGAGUAAAGAGGAGUACAGUAAUGUGUGGCAGUCUCUGCAGAAUUCUGGCCCUCCUCACAAACCUCCGGCUCACUGGCACUCUAAUGAAGGACAUUUCCAACAGGGUGGGAACCAGCACUCCAACAAAGCUGCCCCAGUUGGUGGCAUCAGACUGUUGAAGAAAAAUGAAGACGCCAACUCCUUUUUGCCCUCCCAGAACACAGCCAAUAAGACUACAACAGAGUUUGAGGACCUGAUAGCUAGUCUCAAGAUCUCCAAGGGUAGCCAGCAGACCCCACCCCCUCCUGCUCCUCCACAAGCACCCACCAGCCAGUCAGAUGGCCCGUUAUCUCCGCAGUCCUUCGCCAUGAAGGGAACCCUGGUGCUGAAGGAGAUGCUAAAGAUUGACACUGCUGGAACAGCAAGUCCCUCUUCCCAGGAGACAGCUAACAGCGCCGCCUCUGGUGGCCAGCAGCAGAACAGGAGACGAUCAUCCAAGAAACUAGCAGCAAAUAUGAAUGCCCUCCAAGGUGACACAGCUGUAUUAGCUUCUCCUGCAUUGGCCGCCUCUGCCAACCUCUCCAACACUAUGCUGACCAGUAAGGUGUCAGAACUGGCGUGUGUCUGUGUGGGGUUAGGAAUGGCACCACCUGAGUUCAGCUACAUAGGCAACAGACAGGGUGUAGUAGUGUGUCAGGUGAAGCUGUCCAAUGGUUUGAUGGUUCACGGUCCACAGUGCCAAUCAGAAAAUGAUGCCAAGGAGAAAGCUGCCUUCUUUGCCCUCCAAAGACUGAACUCAGUGGGAUCAGGCUUCCCCCUCCCACCUCCUCUAUACCCAGGAGUGGGUCAGAUACGACCCCCACCCAUCAGAGCCAUGACCCCUGUCUUCAACCAACAAGGUGGUUUGCUGUUGCCUCCCCGGGGUUAUGCCCCUGCCACUCUGUGGGGAAUGACACUGCCUCCUCACCACCACCAAAACCAACCGUUCUUCGGAGCAGCAGGAACCUUCCCUGGUGCUGCCCACCCCCAGCCGGCCGCAACACUCUCCAUUGGCUCACACAACCAGUUUAUUCCAUUACAGGUGACUAAAAAGCGAGUCUCAGCCAACAAGAAGAAUCAGGAGUUUUACAGCGCCGCCCACACUGUGGCCAGAAACCAAUCACAGAAAGCCCAGAACCAACCUUCUGGCCAAUCACAGGCUCAGAGCCGUAAAGUCGACCAGCCACAUCAACACACUACCAACAGCAACCCCUCCUCCUCCUCCAGUCCUGGUCUAGUAGAUGCCGUUUCCAUGACGACAGCAGCCCCGCACACGCCCCCUCGACAAAACCAGCCAGCCACAGGCCACACCCCUGGCUCCGCCUCCAAGAGGAAGCACAGAAAGCUGGCUGUCAACUUCGAGGCAGCUAAAGUCUCUGAGUGAUGAGCUGGUGUGUGUGUAUGUGUGUGUGAGGAGAGAGAGGUGUGUUUGGUGUUUUUAAGCUGCUGUUUUAAACCUGACUAAGCAUCUCUGAUCAAAACCUUGUCAAUGUGAAAGUUUCUUUUCACUCAACAUUUCAGCGUAGAAGCAGCUUCAACAGAGCAAACUUUUUUUGUCUUGUAGUGCACUUGAGCAAACUUGAUUAUUCCCACUUUUAUUCAAAACACAGCUCCAUAUGAAUUAUAUGACAGAAUUCUAUUGUCCCUCCACCUCUUUACUUGAGAUCAGAGUUCAGUCAAUGUAACAAAGUCUACCAAACUUGGCUGUUGUAGUUGUACAUUCCCCCCUGAGAUGUUGCCUUCUUAAGCUUGUUUGUGGUCAGUGUGAGCCUACAGGUUGCUAUAGAGUGUGCUUACUGAUGUGGAUAGGAAUUCAGUGUACUGCCUAGAGUAGGGUACAUUCUGGGAUGCGGCCAUAGCCUUUUUUUCCUUCUUCUUCUUUGGGUCUUUCCUAAAAGAGGUUGAUUUCGUGGGCCGAAGUCUUUUUUCUUUGAAUCAGAAUCUUAUUGCUCUAUUUUCAGCAUACUUAAAGGAAAACUAUGGUUAGUUUUAUUUUUAUAGCUCUGGCUAUUAAUUCUAUCAGCUAUGUUAACUGAGUGCUGAGAUCACAGAAAGUGACAACAUUGGUCCUGCAAGGCAACAAAUCCGAGCAGUUUGACGAUCAAAUGGGUUGUAAACCAUGUUAGUCAAGUGUAUCUGAAAGAGAGAACAAAUGUGAACAGUAAAAUUACUACCCAAACUCUCAGUUUUAAACAUCCAUCCACAAACUACUUGCUGUAGUUGGCACAAUCUUGGUUUUGGUGUGCUGUGAGGGAUUAUUAGCGACAUUUCAGAAGUGCUCACCUUCAGUUUUACUUCCAAAUAAAGUGGUAGCCAAGCUGGUAGAACUGACUUUGUUUACAACCUGAUUAUCGGACUACUUUUGUUUGUUGCCUCUUUUGACCUAUUUUUUUGUGUUGUUGCUGUGUUUCAACAUCUCAUCAGAUACGUGAGUACAAUGUUAUCAUUAAUGAUAGAACUGCUGGUCAGAGCUACAAAGAUCAAACCCGUAAACUGUAGCUUUAAACUACAUGAGCAGUGAACUAAGUACAUUAAGUUUCCCCAGGGAAAUAUAUUCGGAAACAAUCUUCUGACAAAAUUUUCUUGACAAAAAAAUAAUGAUAUCCUAUGGUUCACUUAUUCAUUAAGCUUGGUCUGGAUAAGUCUAAGCCUAGUGUGCAUCGUCUUCAUUACAUUUUUAGAGAGAAUCCAAGUGGAAGAAAAAUAACUAAAUACAAUCGCUACAUACUAGUGCCAGCGCUUGUAACUGAGCAUUAAUACAGUCUAUAUAAUUAGAAAUUAAUGUGGUCAAUGUUAUUUUCUUACAGCCCCUCGUGUCGGUCUUAGCACCGUCCAUCUAUACCUCCUUUAAAACGUUGCUUUGUGUAUGUACAGCUGAGAGGCAGAAGAGUUUUCGCUGACUUUAGGUGCUGCUGUUGCCGUAGCUUUGGAUGGCACAGGAGGCUCCAUGGCAGCGUAGACUGAGAACGCAUACGUGAGGGCAGAUGUGCUGAGAGUUAUCAUGCUCCUGGUCACACAGUGCAGAUACUCCUUGACGUUUUGGAAAACCUCUUCAAUUCAAUUUGGAUCUUGGUUCUCAGGGACAUGCAGCCGUGGUAGAAGCCCCCUUCACACUGUAGCCUCCGAUUUGCACUGCAGUGGCAACUACUUCCUGCUUUUCCUAGUAAACGUAAAAUUAGUUUGGAUGCAUAUGAUGCUGUGUUGGACUUCAUGUAUUAAUUAUGCAUAAAAAUGGGCCUUCUAUUAUGCCUAUUUGUAUCAAAAUACAUCAGCUUCGUCAGGUUUAGAUCAGUGGUGUUAAUCAGGCCAACACUGAUUAUCUGUUUUAAUGUUUCCUUGUGUGUUGUGAUCUUUAUUUCCCAUCAAGUUUUACAGCAUUUUAUUUCCUUCAGACUUCUAAUGCCUUGCUGCAUUUUUAUACUUUUUUUAUGGUUUGUUAACGACACGGCCAAAGUAAAAAGUUGAAUGCACACAUUGCAGAAUUAUGACAAGAGAGAUUAUUGGAAUAAUGCCCCCAACACACACACAUACACACAUAAACACACCGCACUUGAUGAUAUUGCCAGUGCAGAGCUGUUCUACACCAGCACAUAACCCAGAGUGUUAAAAUUGCCAGAUUUGUCCAUUUUAUUUUUGUAAACUGGAUCUUGUGAAGAAGUCCUUUUUAAUUUGAUCGUUGCAGUCUACAAACUAAUGUCAUAUUUGUCGAGUUCUGUUGGACCUACAGGAACCGUACACUGCCAGAUUCCAAAAGCAACUUGCUACAAAUUGCUUUUUUUAAUUGAACAGCACCAGGAGACGGUGGCUGAUUUUUACACAAGUGCAAAAAAACAAAUACCUUUUUUAUUUCUACUUUUUUUUUUUUAAACUAUGAUUAGACUUUUUUUUUGUGAAUAUGGGAGCUCACACACUUUAUAAAACUAUGUACUUUUGACAUCUUAAAUUGAAAUAAAAACCACCAAUUAGGAUUUUAUUAAUUGUGUGAAGAUGACUAAUGUCACAUACAGUAUAGUUUCUAUUUGUCCAAAGUUUUCAUGUCUAUCUGAAACUGUGUUAUUAACAGCUGAUAAUUGAUGAGCUUCCUUUACAACUUAAUCCAUCCUUAUCGUCCAUUAUCUUGAUGAAGUGCAUAGUCCCAUAGGGGUUGAAAAUAGGCGAUUUAGUAUCUGUGUAAAUGCAGCCUACCAGCAUUGUGACAUUGUACUGAUAUAUUUAAAACACUUAUAUUUACAUUAUGUGCCCACUGAAUUGAGCGUCUCUUAGAUGCUUUUGUUAAUGUUCUUCCAGGUGUCUAUUAGUGGUUUUCUGAGGCUGUUUUUAAGUUCUUGGCUUUAUUGUACACCUCUAUACACACUGGACUUAUUCACACAAGAACACGUACAGAUAAAAUCUCUCAAUUUUAAAGAUCCUUGUUUCUUUUUCAAGCUAUGGAUUUUAUGGAUACCCUUUUUAUAUAGACAGUCUUGGGGUCUUUUCUAAGCAAUCUGAAUAAUUAUUAUUUCAUUAAUGUUUGUGGUGGAGCUCCAUUGAUGGAAGCAGCUGUAGCAACUAGUAAAGUGUAUUUACUUUGUCCUUGUUUUGAGGGCCACAUGCAUACAGAAUGUUUUUGUUGUUUUAAGGCUUAUAUCCUUAUGCCGACCCUGGGACUCAAGUCUAUAAGGCUCUGGUGCAAUAAGGGGAGGGUUUUCAAACAUUUUGGAAAUUGAAGCACACUUGUGUAUCUGUUGUUUCUUUUGCAUAUGAAACAAAGUAGAGAAUUAUCGAUAUGAAGAGAUAAUGACUUGCUGUUUUGAUUCAGGAAUGUGCUGUACAUAUCCAUUUAAUUAAAGUGCAUCUUUUGUUAAA